UCACAUCCCACCGGCUGUCUGUUCAGAGGAGAGACGGAAGCGAAGUGGGCGGGCUGCCGGGUGACAUUUAACUUGACAUUCAGCAAAACUAGACGCAAACUGCUAGCAAGCAUGGCCAAGCCGCUGACAGACCAGGACAAGAGGAAGCAGAUCUCGGUUCGGGGGCUCGCCGGGGUGGAAAACGUCUCGGACCUGAAAACUAAUUUCAACAGGCACCUCCACUUCACCCUGGUGAAAGACCGAAAUGUGGCCACCAAACGGGACUACUACUUCGCCCUGGCCAACACGGUCCGGGACUACCUGGUGGGCCGCUGGAUCCGGACGCAGCAGCACUAUUAUGAGAAAGACCCCAAACGCGUCUACUACCUGUCCCUGGAGUUCUACAUGGGUCGCACUUUGCAGAACACCAUGGUGAACCUGGCCUUGGAGAACGCCUGCGAUGAAGCCACGUACCAGCUGGGUCUGGACAUGGAGGAGCUGCAGGACAUGGAGGAAGAUGCAGGUCUAGGCAACGGUGGUCUGGGUCGCCUCGCCGCUUGCUUCCUGGACUCCAUGGCCUCUCUGGGUCUGGCUGCUUAUGGAUACGGCAUCCGCUACGAGUUCGGCAUCUUCAAUCAGAAAAUAGUCGAGGGCUGGCAGGUGGAGGAAGCUGACGACUGGCUGCGUUACGGGAACCCCUGGGAGAAGGCUCGCCCGGAGUACAUGCGCCCGGUCCACUUCUACGGACGAGUGGAGCACACGGAGGAAGGAGUGAAGUGGGUCGACACACAGGUGGUUCUGGCUCUUCCUUAUGACACCCCGAUCCCCGGCUACAGAAACAACAUCGUCAACACCAUGAGGUUGUGGUCUGCUAAGGCCCCCUGUGACUUUAACCUCAAGGACUUUAAUGUUGGCGGCUACAUUCAAGCCGUGCUGGACAGAAACCUGGCUGAGAACAUCUCCAGGGUCCUCUACCCCAACGACAACUUCUUUGAAGGGAAGGAGCUGCGUCUGAAGCAGGAGUACUUCGUCGUAGCAGCGACUCUUCAGGACAUCAUCCGGCGAUUCAAAGCCUCCAAGUUUGGCUCCACCGAGUUUGUGCGACUCGACCUUUCUACGCUGCCGGACAAGGUGGCCAUUCAGCUGAACGACACCCAUCCUGCUUUGGCCAUCCCCGAGCUGAUGAGGAUCCUGGUGGACGUCGAGAAGCUGACUUGGGCGAAGGCCUGGGACAUCGUGGUCCGUACCUGUGCCUACACCAACCACACCGUCCUGCCUGAAGCCCUGGAGCGCUGGCCCGUCGACCUCUUCCAGAACCUGCUGCCUCGUCACCUGGAGAUCAUCUACGAGAUCAACAGCAGGCACCUGGAGCGCAUUGCCAAGCUUUUCCCCGGAGAUCUUGACCGCCUGCGCCGAAUGUCCCUGGUCGAGGAAGGGGACGACAAGAAAAUCAACAUGGCCCACCUGUGCAUUGUGGGAUCUCAUGCUGUCAACGGAGUGGCCCGCAUCCACUCCGAAAUCAUCAAAGACACCGUGUUCAAGGAUUUCUACGAAGCAGACCCUGAGAAGUUUCAGAACAAGACCAAUGGCAUCACACCCAGGCGCUGGCUGGUCAUGUGCAACCCUGGCCUGGCUGAGGUCAUUGCAGAGAGGAUUGGUGAGGACUACAUCCGUGACCUCGACCAGCUGAAGAACCUUCUGGACUUUGUGGACGAUGACUCCCUCAUUCGGGAUGUUGCCAAAGUCAAACAAGAGAACAAGAUGAAGUUUGCUGCCCACCUCGAGGAGCAAUACAAGGUGAAGAUCAACCCUAACUCCAUGUUUGAUGUCCAGGUGAAGAGGAUCCACGAGUACAAGAGGCAGCUGCUCAACUGCCUGCACAUCAUCACGCUGUACAACCGAAUCAAGAAGGAACCCAACAAGUCCUGGACCCCCAGGACCGUCAUGAUCGGAGGGAAGGCGGCUCCAGGUUAUCAUACGGCCAAGAUGAUCAUCAAGCUGAUCACAUCAAUCGGAGACAUCGUCAAUGAUGACCCCGUGGUGGGAGAUCGCCUCAAAGUCAUCUACCUGGAGAACUAUCGGGUCACUCUGGCUGAGAAGGUCAUUCCUGCAUCUGACCUGUCGGAGCAGAUCUCCACAGCAGGUACUGAGGCCUCUGGCACCGGGAACAUGAAGUUCAUGCUGAACGGAGCCCUCACCAUCGGCACCAUGGAUGGAGCCAACGUGGAAAUGGCGGAGGAAGCUGGAGAGGAGAACCUCUUCAUCUUCGGCAUGAGGGUGCCCGAUGUGAAGGCUAUGGACAAGAAGGGCUAUGAUGCCUCGUCGUACUACAACCGUAUCCCCGAGCUGAAGCAGGCAAUGGACCAGAUAUCUGGAGGCCUCUUCAGCCCCAGCCAGCCCGACCUCUUCAAAGACCUCGUCAACAUGCUGAUGCACCACGACAGGUUCAAGGUGUUUGCAGACUAUGAGGCCUACAUCAAGUGUCAAGAGAAAGUCAGCGCACUCUACAAGGACCCUAAAGAGUGGACCAAGAUGGUGAUCCACAACAUCGCCAGCUGUGGUAAAUUCUCCAGUGACCGCACCAUCUCCCAGUAUGCCAGGGAGAUCUGGGGCAUGGAGCCCAGCUUGGAGAAGAUCGCUGCUCCUGAUGAUCCUCGCUAAAACCACCUCACUGUAGCUCACCAUGUGGUCCAAGCACUGUAGCUUCUUCACUGUGUAGUGUGGCAUUAUUUCUUUACAUCAUUAAUCCCUAGACCACCUCUAUUACUCCCAGUUCAUGUUGCAGUAGUGUGUGUUGAAGUGGGCUCAUCCAGAAACCCUAUAACUAAAUUGGAGACUAUAUCUUUAACUUAACAGUGAUUCCAACGACAAUUCAAACUAUAUUUCCCUUCAACAUCUGAGCUUAUGUGGCUCCCAAAACCCAGCAAACCCGCCGAUAACCCUUUAGCACUGUUCUGGUCCUGAACCAGCCUACGUCUUCCAUGGGAGAGGGACGGGAUGCUCGGUGGUUAACCUACGCUGUGGCCUCGUAGCAGCCCUGUGACUGGACUGUGUCUCAAUAUAUACCAUAGAAUAACUCUUAAUUAAUGUUCCGUAUUACAAAACUCUCCGACUGCCCGGUUCGUGUUUCAUGGUGUUAUGUGCGUAUAUCCAUUUAUAUGUGUGUUAUUAGAAGUGGAGGUCAGGGGAGCCCUGUGAUGCAGAUGUACUGACCCAUCAGUUCAGCUGCGAUGUCCUCAGCAUGUUUGUGUCUCAUUCUGCUGUACUCUCUUCAUAAAGGUGACCUGUGUUAGAAGAUAACGAAGCCUUCUCUGCCUACAAACCCAAAGUGACUGAAUUAACCUUCGGAAGAUGUGUGUAUUCUGUAGUUGUGUGUGUUUAGCAUACGUGAGUCCAUGGCACUGUGGCUAUCCGCUCGAUGGAUGUACUGUAACAUACUGUCCUGCUUCAGCUACUGUCUGACUGACUGUGGUGCUGCCUGCAGAAGCAACUGCUCACUACGCUGAACCUUGCAGCCAGUGCUUUUCUUUUUCUUUGUCAAUAAAUGACAAAACUACAUCAAUA